AUGGUCACCAUGGACAUGGUAAUGAUGGUUAUGAUGGUCACUAUUAUUAUGGUUGCUAUGGUCACCAUGAUUGUGGUCAUGAUGUUCAUCAUGAUUGUGGUCACAACUCUGGUUAUGAUGGUCACCGUUAUUAUGCAUCAUCAUGAUGAUGACGUUCAGCAUGAUCAUGAAUAUAAUAGUCAUGAUGGUCACUAUAAUCGUGGUCAUGAUAGUCAUGUUCGUCACUAUGAUUACGGUCAUCAAAGUCGUGAUGUUCGACAUGAUCAUGGUCACCAUGAUCAUGCUCAUGAUGGUGACCAAAAUCAAGGCCAUUAUGGUCACUAUGAUCAUGGUCAUGAUGGUUACCAAGAUCAUAGCCAUAAUGUUCAUGAUGGUCACUAUGAACAUGGUCAUGAUGGUUACCAAGAUCAUAGCCAUAAUGUUCAUGAUGGUCACUAUGAACAUGGUCAUGAUGGUUGUGAUGGUUACCAUUAUUAUGGUUGUGAUGGUCACUAUGAUUGUGGUCAUGAUGAUCACCAUGAUUGUAAUCAUAACCGCGCUCAUGAUGGUCAUCAUAACCGCGCUCAUGAUGGUCAUCAUAAUCAUCGUCAUGAUGGUGAACAAGAUCAUCAUGAUCAUGGUCAUGUUGGUCACCGAGAUCAUGGUCAUGAUGGUCGUGGUGGUCACCAUGAACAUAGCAAUGAUGUUCAUGAUGGUUACUAUGAACAUCAUCAUCAUGGUUAUGACGUUCACCAUUAUCAUGGUGAUGAUGGUCAUUAUGGUCAUAGUCAUAAUGGUCCUUAUGGUCACUAUAAUUACGGUUAUGAUGGCAACCAUGAUCAUGGUCAUGAUUGUCUCCGUGAACAUGGUCACCAUGAUCAUGCUCAUGAUGGUGACCAAGAUCAAGGCUAUUAUGGUCACUAUGAUCAUGGUCCUGAUGGUUACCAAGAUCAUGGCCAUAAUGUUCAUGAUGGUCACUAUGACCAUGCUCAUGAUGGUUGUGAUGGUUACCAUUAUUAUGGUUGUGAUGAUUAUGGCCAUGAUGUUCAUGAUGGUCACCAUGAACAUGGUCAUGAUUGUUAUUAUGGUCGGCAUAAUCAUAGUCGUAAUGAUCACAGUGAUCGUGGUCAUGAUGGUCAUGUUCGUCACUAUGAUUAUGGUCAUGAUUCUCAUGAUGUUCGACAUGAUCAUGGUCAUUAUGAUCACUAG